GGAAUAAAUUAAACAGAAAACCUCGCUGGCGCUGCCACACUCCACAAUCACAAAGCAUUGUGGGAGAUGGCACGGCACCUGACUGACUGUUCGUUUACGUGUUCCGGACGUUACGAAUCAGACGUCUUCUAAAGCCUUUAUCUGCUUUAAUGAGAAACUCCUGCGCCGUCUCAACCAAUGAAAAGCAGCAGAACCUGCGAGCGCUGGAACACGUCCAGAGACGCACUCAAAGAUGAGGAAACGAUCGCACUUCAGUCGGAACUGGAGGCUGUGGAGAAGCAGAUCCAGGAUCUACUAGAGAAGCAGUCACGGCUGCGAGAACGAAAAACGGCGCUGGAAACAUCCAGAGCCGACGCUCGCAAAUCCGCGGUAAGUUUUCAUCGCGAUUUUAAUACUCCUUCCACUUCUACUCCGCGUGUUUCUCUGCACAGAGCCCAGGCUUCGAGAACACGGUCAGCCCAAAUGAACUUCACUCCUGCACCGGCACAACCACGGCGAAAGGCGCGAGCCAGGACUGGAGCGAUGACCCAACCGCCGCCACCGGUCUUCGAGAUGCCGACCAGGAACCGCUUUGCCGCCCUCUGCGAGACGGAAUGCAACGCUGUGGUCAUCGGAGACUCAAUCGUCCGGAACGUACGCGCUUCCUCCACUAAAGGUAAGGUGCACACUCAUUGUUUUCCUGGCGCCCGUGUUCUUGAUGUCUCUGCGCAGGUACCUGCGAUCCUGAAGGACGAUGCUAACGUCGGAGCUGUCGUGCUGCACGCGGGGGCGAAUGACGUCAGGAUGAGGCAGUCGGAGAUCCUGAAGAGGGACUUCAGGAGUCUGAUCGAGACGGUACGCAACGCAUCGCCCACAGCGAGGAUCAUCGUAUCAGGGCCGCUUCCUACCUACCGACGAGGGAAUGAAAAGUUCAGUAGACUAUUUGCUCUAAAUAAAUGGUUGAUGUCAUGGUGUAUUGAACAGAAGCUGCUCUUUGUUGAUAAUUUUGAUCUGUUCUGGGAGCGACCUAGGCUCUUCCGCCCUGACGGCCUGCACCCCAGCAGCAUCGGAGCGGUUCUUCUGUCUGACAACAUCUCAAAGACGCUACGCACCGCUUGACUACGUCUCCCAGCGCUGCCAGAGAGCGCUGCCCAGCCGUCGGAGAUGCUGCCCAGCUGCCAGAGAGCGCUGCCCAGCCGCCGACAUCCUGUCCUGUCGACAUCCAGGCCUGCCCAGCCG